CUACCGCUGACACUACCGGUGUUGAAGGUGCAGCCCACACGCUUGUCUAUGUCCAUACAGCUGCAGCCAGUUCGGGCGAGAAGUGCCAACGGUAAUUACAGUUUCGGGUACCCGCUUGUCUCAUAUAUUCCUAACGAGCUUUCGGUGACGUCAAAGUAAUGCACAAAUGACUUUUGGAAGCGAAUUUCUGAGCACCAUGGAGCCUCGCGCACAGUAGAUGCGCACUGAAACAAUGGCUCGCGGGUGAAUAAAUUACGUUUGGCAAGGCUAUUCUAGUUUAUUGGACGAGCAGGUGAUUUGCGCACUAAGUCCGGACAACCUUUUACUGAGUGUGUUUUAAAGUCAGACGGGAUUCGAUAACCUCCAACUUCAGCGUUUUAAGCCUUGGUGUUUGACAUUAAGAUCACGUGGAGGGCAUACAGAUAACUUACCAAAACGGAUCGGCAAUAGGUUCCGUGAAGAAAUAUAAAUGCACAGAAUAGAACUGCUGCGCCUGUCUGCUGACAAAACGACUUCUUGCGCUGGUGCUCCCAUGUUACGCACAGACACAAGGAGCCUUUGAGGGGUACUGGAGAAGACUUGUGUGGCAUAUCAAAUAGCACCGAAGAAAGCGGAUCAUUGAAGCAAUACAGAUAAACAGAAAAUCAUUUGCAGACGGGUCAUGGCACUUUUAGUUUAAAACCGCCAAAGCAACAGUCAAUGCUCUAGUAAAACAAAUGUGAAGCCAGCCCCUACCGCAAGCGGGUGCUCACUGGAAAAAGAGCUGGCGAGCCUGCAUCAUCAUCGAUUCGUUUCUGGAAUUAACGCGGUGUUAAUGUAAGGAGGCAGAGUGAAGACAGAGGGGAGAAGCUGGGUACAUUCAAGUAUAAAACAUGUCGUUCAGAACACUAGUUUUAGUCGUUUGGUCUGCGGCAUUUCUCGUUGAACUGCAUUGCGCUUCGCAAAGGACCACCACCGGCUUCACUUUUCCUACCUCUGGAUACAUCAAUAGUAGCGGGGAUGCGAGUGAUAAAAACAGCUCCAGAAACAAAAGGAGGACCCUGGCCGUGGAUUUUGCCGUCCCCUCUCUCCUGCGAUACUACAUGGCCAUGUUCAUUCAGCGACCACUAAAUGGAGAUUGUGUAACUUUUAAUGGGUGCUACACGGUGCGCGCAUUCCUAAAAAUGCAGUGUAUACCUUUGCAAAAAACCAUAUCAAGCUUAUUGGACACAAAGUUGGCUGCAAUCGACAGUGUUGACAAGGAGAAAGGGAACGGCUCCAGCACUGGACAGCUCCCGUAUCGACAAAAGCGUCCGGUGCCUAAAGUUGUGAAUUUGGGGUUGACAAAAGCCAGCAGGAAAUCAAAUCAAGUAGUUGUGGAGAUUGGAGAGGAUGUGGUCAAAACUGGAUGUGGUGGACUGGUUGUCUAUGAAGAUUAUCCUGCUUAUUUCAUGGAAAUGGACCUUACUCGUAUUUUGGACUGGUGGCUAGGAGCUGAAGGGGGGCGUCUGAGAGUCCGACUCAUACCCGAGCGAAAAGCGCAGGUUCCGGGAAAAGAGGACAAAUACUCCGCUGCAAUAAGGGCAGCAGAUCCCCGUCUUUUCUUUCAGAUCGCCUCAAGUGGUGAGCCACAGACCCGGAGCAAGAGCCAUGGAGGUGUCCCUCGAGGCUACUGGAACUUUUCGUGGACAGCAGAGGACGAGUUUGGCUUCCCAGAGGACGUGGCCCCUGUACCAGAGCGUAGGUGCCUGAACAACAAGAUGUCAUGUGAUCACCUUACCAGGGAGCACCCCGAGUUCACCUGGAGUCUGUCUGCUGCCAGCGACCUAUGGGCACAUGAGCACCCGGGCUCAGAAAAGAAGGGAGGCCGAUCUGAAGGCUGGCAUGAAGGGCAGUUCCUCAUGGUAAACAGCUCUAUGGUGGGAGGACCAUGGGUGCAGAGUCCAUGGUUUAACGGUGGCCACAGCUCCUGCGAUAUAGACAUGACAGUGUUCCUGCAUCCAAGGCAGAAGGGGCGAUAUACAGUCUGGCUCGUCGAGAGGGAUAAACCCCCCGUGGUCCUUUUGAACACAGACCCACCACACGUCACAGGCUGGGCUGUGGUUCAUCUCAGCUUGGGCUCGAGAAGCAGCAAUGGACCCUUCCGAAUAUCCUCCAGCUACAGCCAGCCAGGUGAACAGGAGGCAGCCACCUUCAACCCCCACUUCUCAACAAACUGCACUAUGGAUUCAUCCCUUAGCAUGCACAUCACGCUCCAGGGACGCUACCGCUGCCAAGGAGGACCAGAGAUCACACUAGAGCAGCUGUGUGACUUCAGGGUGGACUGCCCACGGGGUGAUGACGAGGGCAGCUCAUGCCGUCAAUUCCUUAAUGGCAGCUACUGCUCUUUUGAAGAUGGUCUUUGUGGUUGGCAGACCAUAGCAGGCAAAGGCCCAUCCUGGAGGUCUCAGUCGUCUUUGCCCAAGGGUCUCAGACCCAGCUGUCCAUCCUCAGGGGCUGUGUUGAUGGUGGAUAAUAGUCAUCCCAAAGGUCAGAGAGGAACAGCAUUGCUACGGAGUCCCUUUUUCUCACCACCUCUCCGGAAUGCCAUGUGCUCGCUUCGGUUCUGGAUGUGCGGUGGAAUCCAGAAUGCCGUGCUUAAUUUGUCCUUGCUGGAGAAUAGCACAGUACCCGAAGGAUGGAAAACAAAAUGGCAGUCCAGCAGUGAACCCAAGGUACAACAUGGAAGCUGGCAACUCGUUACUGUCCCCCUCUACGGACUGGCUGACUGGUUUUGGUUGCAGUUCAGCACCUCUGGAACUGCAACGACCUUUGCAGUGGACAAUCUAUCCCUUAGCAUGGACUGUUUUCUGUCUUCAAAUGGAGAGUUUACACCAGUGGUGACAAGCACCCCUACAAUGACUGUGAGCCAACCGUCUGAUGAGACCACCAUGCCCGCCUUUCCAGAAGAUGGGAUGAUCUUUCCAGAGGACUCUGCCACGAAAUGGACCUUCCAUACAUGUGGUGCAAUUGGCCCAGAGGGACCCACGCAGAAUCAGUGCAACAUUGCUUAUCGCAACAGCAAUGUCAAUGUCACAGUAGGAACCAGAACACCCUUCCAGGGGAUCCAAAGCUGGAUAGUGCCUGAAACAGGGGAAUACAGAAUUACAGUGUAUGGCGCAUCAGGUGGUCUCAGUGUCAUGGAUGUGGUCAGGUCACAUGGCAUCUAUAUCGUCGGGGACUUCCACCUGAAGAAGGAUGAGGUGCUCUACAUUUUGGUUGGCCAGCGAGGGGAGGAUGCCUGCUCAAAUGUUAACACAGCUCUAAGCAGAUUCUGUUCUGAGCAAAUAGGGCCCAUGGUGAACAAGUCAAUGAUCAAAGGUGGAGGAGGAGGAGGAGGGGGUGCCACCUACGUCUUCAAGAUUGCCAAUGGAACACACAAGCCUCUACUCAUUGCAGCAGGAGGUGGAGGCAAAGGCUACAAUAGCCAUUCAGGAGACCAGAAAGAGAUCACGGACAUGGACCCUAAAGUGCUGGGACGCAAUGGCCUGUCAGCAGCCGCAGGUGGAGGGGGAGGUUGGACUGAUGGUCCCCCUAGUAGCCAGGGAGGAAGACCACUGGUGCUGGGUGGUCAAGGAGGUCAUCCCUGUCACAAGAUGGGCUGGAAAACCCAUGGGGGCUUUGGAGGAGGGGGAGGGGCCUGCACCACAGGAGGUGGAGGAGGUGGCUACAGAGGCGGGAAUACCUCGAAAGAAAAUGAUCCGAAAGUGGCCGGACAGGAUGGCACUUCCUACACCAGUCCCGAGGGCAAGCCCUACCUGGGGGCCAUGAAAGUGGCGGACGGGGAUGGUGAGGUGAUCAUUAUUCCCGUGCUCAACUGCAGCCACUGUGAGUCAGGCGAAUGCCACGGAACUGAGGAAGGAAUUCAGUGUUAUUGCGAAGAAGGGCAACUCUUGGCCCCUAAAGGGCUCUUAAUGGCCUGCCUCAACAUCUCAGCAAGCCCUUCCCAGGCUUCUCAGCCCCCACUAUCUCACCUGGCCCUGGGCUUGUCUGUGGGAACCUCUGCCCUCAUCGCUGCUCUCCUGCUGGUGGUAUCAGGUGUCAUGAUCAUGUACAGACGGAAGCACACAGAGCUGCAGUCCAUUCAGCUGGAGCUGCAGAGUCCUGACUGUAAACUGAGUAAGCUACGGGCCUCCACCAUCAUGACUGACUACAACCCCAACUACUGCUUCGCAGGCAAGACCAUUUCAGUCAAUGACUUGAAGGAGGUGCCACGACGCAACAUCUCCCUUACCAGGGGUCUGGGUCACGGGGCUUUCGGUGAGGUAUAUGAAGGGCUGGCUGUGGGAAUCCCAGGGGAGCCUAGUCCCAUGCAGGUGGCAGUGAAGACUCUUCCAGAGGUGUGCUCGGAGCAGGAUGAGCUGGACUUUCUUAUGGAGUCUCUUAUUAUCAGUAAGUUCAGCCACCAGAACAUUGUGCGGUGUGUCGGUGUGAGCCUGCAGGCUCUGCCUCGGUUCAUCCUGUUGGAACUGAUGGGAGGAGGUGACCUCAAGAGCUUCUUGCGAGAAACAAGGCCUAGACUGGACCAACCCUCCAGUCUCACUAUGGUGGAUCUGCUGAACGUAGCCCGAGACAUUGCUCGCGGCUGUCAGUACUUAGAGGAGAACCAGUUCAUUCACAGAGACAUAGCUGCAAGAAACUGCCUUCUCACCUGCAAGGGCCCAGAGAGAGUGGCUAAGAUCGGAGACUUCGGAAUGGCACGAGACAUCUACAGAGCGAGUUACUACAGGAAAGGAGGCCGUGCUAUGCUGCCAGUUAAAUGGAUGCCCCCCGAGGCCUUCAUGGAGGGGAUCUUCACCUCAAAAACUGAUACAUGGUAAACAGUACUCUUCACUCCCCUAAACCUUCGUCUUCUUCCUUGCUAAUUACUGUCUCCCCCUUUUUUUUGUUCCUUCUUCUUCUGAAGCACGCUCAGUCUUUCUCUCCAUCUCAUUCAUUUGCAGUACCUUCCCUCAACAACCUCAUCCACACAGUUUCCAUAUAUUUUCAAUUUCUUUCUUUUCUCUGUUGUUCUGCGUUCCAUUAACCCUCUUGGUUUUUUUUCUGUU